AUGUCUGAAAACAGCAGUGAACAGAAGAUCCUGAAAGGAGAUAACCCGAUUCGGCUCAACGUGACCACAGCCCUGGUGCAGAUCCUGGUGUGGCCCUUCAUCUACAUCAACCUCUUCAUGUACUACACCUUCCGCAGGAAGCCGGCUAUCCGGGCAGAACCACGCUUCGUCUUCUUCGCCCAGACGCUGCUCGCCGACUCGGCCCUCUUCGUCAUGACGGACUUUGUGGUCCUCACCAUCCACGUUCACCUGCUGCUGCCGCUGGCCUUCUGCAUCCCGGUCGCCGUGGUCAUUCACGGGCUGGCGCAGGUGUCGCCCACCUUCAUCACGGCCAUGUGCCUGGAGCGCUACGUGGCCAUCUGCUUCCCUCUGCAGCACGUCAACGUCUUCACGCCGGCCAGGACCCUGAUCAUUUCAGUUGUGGUGUGGUUCCUGAGCUUCCUGCGGCCCUUCGUCGACUUGUGCAUCUUCUUCUCCACUGCGCCCAAGAGCUAUUUGAAAGGGGUGAACUUUUGCUAUUAUGAAAUUAUUCUUGUGGCUAAAUGGCACAUGGAGCUGAGGGGCAAUUUGUUUAUUUUGAACUACUUGGUCCUUUUGGCCAUUCUGUUCUUUUGUUACGGGGCGAUUAUCCGUGUCGCUCGACGGGCAUCGGGGGACGACAAACAGGCGGCCGCCAAAGGCCAGAGGACCCUGCUGUUGCACCUCCUGCAGCUCUUCCUUUGCACACUGGAGGUCUUCUGCCCUUACGUGGAGGCCCAGGUCAUGAGAAUCAGUGUGAACACGUUUAUAGUGGUGCGCUACUUUAAUUUCCUGGCAUUCACUAUUCUGUCCAGGGCCAUUACUCCACUUAUCUACGGAUUUAGAGACGAGAAGUUUUAUGCUGCUAUGAAAAGUGUUAGUCAGUGGAAAAAGAGCAAAGUUCAUUAUGGCAGAUAG